GGUCUCCUGCGCGUCUCGACGAUCUUUGUGUUGAAUGUGAUCAGACAGCGAAACGACACACACCGACCGUUGUCAGGUGCCUUGAAUCACACCGACGCCGACCACAUCGCAACCACCGGCUUUUCUACAGCCUUUAACAUCCAUAUCACCACCUUAAAUCUUUAAUCAGUGAUUUCAUUGUGAUGGCACAUCUGGAGGGCGUGUCUUUGGUAUGAUUGACAGCUUGCGCUAAAAGGAAUGGCCUACAAUGCGGGAAGGAAAGAGUAGACCACUCCCACAAACAUCAUGAGGCUCAACUCAUCCUGAAUCGCACACACUGCACACAAUCACACAAACGAACUUCCUCGCCAUGGGCUCCGUCUACCUGUGGAAAUUGUCCUCCCAAAAGCUGGGAUUCUUCCUGGUGAGUUUCGGCUUCAUUUGGGGGAUGAUGCUGCUUCAUUUCACCAUCCAGCAGAGGGCGACACAUGAAAGCAGCGCACAACUACGUAUGCAAAUAUUGGACCUCAGCAAGCGAUAUAUCAAAGCUCUCGCCGAGGAGAACCAAAGCGUGAUGGACGGACCUUACGUAGGCACCAUGACGGCAUACGAUCUGAAAAAGACUCUAGCUGUACUUCUGGAUAAUAUAAUGCAGAGGUUAUCGAAGCUGGAGUCUAAAGUGGACAAUAUCAUAUACAACGGCACCAGUACCAACCUGACAAAUGGAACCGGGACCCCUGGACCGAACCCCGUCAACCCAGAGAAAGUCAAUGUUGCAGACUUGCUGAACGGAGCACAGGAGAAAUGCGAACUGCCCUCGCUUGACGGGUUUCCGCAUUGUGAAGGGAAAUUGAAGUGGAUGAAGGACAUGUGGCGUUCGGACCCCUGCUAUGGGAACUACGGAGUGGACGGAUCCACCUGUUCCUUUUUCAUUUAUCUGAGUGAGGUUGAAAACUGGUGCCCUCGCCUGCCGUGGAGGAUCAAGAAUAAUCCUGAAGAAGCUGACAGGAAUUCACAGAGGAAGAUCCGCACGAGUUUCGAUGAGCUGUAUCGCGUGAUGUCGCGGCGCGAGGAGUUUCGCUGGAUGAUGCUGCGGAUCAAGCGCAUGGAGGAGCCGUGGGUCGGUGCCAUACGCUCCCUCGCCACCAAACAAAACCUCCACAAUCGCAAGCGCAAAAAGAUCCUGGUGCACCUGGGUCUGCUGACGAAGGAGUCUGGUUUUAAGAUAGCGGAGAACGCGUUCAGCGGCGGUCCUCUGGGCGAGCUGGUUCAGUGGAGUGACCUGAUCACCACCCUCUAUCUGCUCGGACACGACAUCCGCAUCUCAGCGUCUCUCGCUGAGCUCAAGGAGAUCAUGAAGAAGGUCAUGGGCAACAAGUCCAGCUGCCCUACAAAGGGUGAUAAGAUUGUGGAGCUCAUCUACAUAGACAUCGUCGGCCUGGCUCAGUUCAAGAAGACUCUGGGCCCGUCCUGGGUUCAUUAUCAGUGCAUGCUGAGGGUCCUAGACUCGUUCGGGACGGAGCCGGAGUUUAACCACGCCCACUACGCCCAGUCGAAAGGGCACAAAACUCCGUGGGGCAAGUGGAACCUGAACCCCCAGCAGUUCAACACCAUGUUUCCUCACACUCCAGAUAACAGCUUCCUGGGCUUCGUGGUGGAGCAGCACCUGAACGCCAGCGACGUCAGGCACAUCGACGACAUUAAGCGCCAAAACCAGUCACUGGUUUACGGCAAGGUGGACAACUUCUGGAAAGAUAAAAAGAAGUACUUGGAUGUCAUUCAUUCGUACAUGGAGGUGCACGGCACGGUCCACGGCACGAGUACAGUCCACCUGCCAGACUACGUCAAGAACCACGGCAUCCUGAGCGGACGCGACCUCCAGUUCCUCCUGCGCGAAACCAAGCUCUUUGUGGGACUGUCCUUCCCGUAUGAAGGCCCCGCCCCUCUGGAGGCCAUAGCCAAUGGCUGUGCUUUCCUCAACCCAAGGUUCGACCCGCCUAAAAGCAGCAAAAACACCGAUUUCUUCAAAGGCAAACCCACACUCAGAGAGCUGACCUCCCAGCACCCUUACGCUGAGGUUUACAUCGGACGGCCGCACGUCUGGACCGUCAACAUCGAUGAUCGCGCAGAGGUGGAGAACGCCAUUAAAGCCAUCCUCAGUCAGAAGAUAGAGCCGUAUCUGCCGUAUGAGUUCACCUGUGAGGGGAUGUUACAGCGCCUCCACGCUUUCAUCGAGAACCAGGAUUUCUGUCACGGUCAGGUGAUGUGGCCUCCUCUCAGCGCCAUGCAGGUCAAGCUGGCUCCGGCAGGUAAAUCCUGCAAGCAGGUGUGUCAGGAGGAGCAGCUGAUCUGUGAACCCUCCUUCUUCCAGCAUCUCAAUAAAGACAAGGAUCUGUUCAGGUAUGGUGUGGAGUGUAAGACGGUGGAGUCUGCCAGUGAUAACGUCGUCCCCGCCUUCAGCGAAUCGGCGGGCCAUUGCGUAUUCCAGUCGGACCUGCUGCUGUUCAGCUGCGCCGGGGCCCAUCAGUCCCUCACGCGCAUCUGUCCCUGCAGAGACUACAUGAAAGGACAGGUGGCGCUGUGCAAGGACUGCUUAUAACACGCACACUUCGGCCACUCCGUGCGACUAACCUGACGUCUCUUCAGCCGCCGUUCUGUACAGGACCGGACUGUAUCAAAGUACAGACAUUGCCAGUGUGGUAACGUGCGGUGAUGCGAUUAAAGAAUUCAGAGUAAUCCAACUUUUGUGUUUUUCCCAUAAACUCACGAAAAAAUAAAAACGAAAACGCUGGAGUGCGGCAGCUCUCGGCUCUUGGCCGAAAACAAAAACACAGGAGGAUCAAAAGAGAAGAUGAUUUAUUUUGCUGGAUUUUUUGUUUUUGUGUGAACUUGAACUAGUUUCAGGCUGACAUACUUGAAGCGGAUUGCAGGGAAUCAGAACUGCACACUGCCCCCUGCUGGUGUGGAGGAAACACUGUAGUGACAUUUAUUACCUUAGUUCUUCAUUCUACUGUUUUUAUUUCUUCGUCCAGUUUUUCUUCUCUCUCUGAAGGUGACAUUUAUCAUUGGACCAAGUCUGAUGACUGACUCUGAAAAGCAUCUUUGACCAUUUUGAAGACUUUUACCGAGUGUGUGUUUAUUUGUGUGUGUGUGAGUGUGAGAGAGAUCUUGUUGUUUGGGAAACAAACUUUGCAAAGAAAUUUCCCAACUUUUACACUGAAACUGGACUUUCCACAUACUGGCUCCGUGAAAUGACGUGUUCACAUGUAAAUAACUGACAUGAAAACACGCGACCCACUUUAUUCUGCAUGGUUGUUUAUUUCCGACCGUUUAAUAACAGCACAUGCUAACACUGGGAAUUUUCGGUGUUGGUCACGAUCCACGUUAAAUAUCGCCGUACUGCAACUGCCGGGUGUGAUGAUUUAGUGAAAUACACACGUCGAAAACCAGCCAGUAUGAAGAAGAAUGCCAACCAACCGACCAAACUAACCAUUGAACUAGUAGACUGAAUUCAACUAAUUUGGGACACAUUUUGCUGUUGCGUCAAUUGGCAAAAGUGUCCGAGUUUACCUGAAUAACACUAUAUCACAGGUUUCAGAUGCUCUACAUGUGGAUAAAGUAAACACCAAUACAAUCACAGAUAUUUCUGUAAAAGUUUAUCUUUAUUUGUAUAAAAAAGAAAGAUAAUAGUGUACAUUACUAGGAUAAAAUACUUGUUUCUUUUUUAUAUUUUGUGCUAAAAACACAAAUUGGCCUUGGUUUUUGAUUCGUUUUUAAUUUCUUGAAUUUGCCUGCCUGUUAUCAAAAAACCUCAAAAUUAUUAGUUACUUGUGUUUUGGAAUGAAAAUGCACUAUAGCGAAGAUUUGACACCAGAUUACGACACUGUACAAUUGUUUGUUUUUAAUUUAUUUUGUACACAGAUCUUUAUCUCUGCCUGUUGAUUUUUAUGUGACUAUUUAUAGAAGAGAAAAUUCUUUAUAGAGGGAAAUAUUAUUUAUCAGACUAAUUUAAUGUAAGCGCACAUGCGUGUCCAGAGUACUGUCUGAAAAGAAAUAUAUGGCGGAACUAAAUAUACAGUGCAUUUAGAUUUAUUAUUAAUUUAAUACUUGAAAGGAUGUGAUUUUGAAUAUUAAAUUAAAAUAAUUAUUAAAACAAUUUUAGUAACCGAACUGUUGAAGGAACCCAUUGAAUAUUGUUUUCCCAGACUGUGGACAACAGUUUGGUUACCAACUUUUUUCAAAAUAUCUUCGUGUUCAACAAAAGAAAGAAUCUCAUACAGGUUUCGAUCAACUUUAUUACAGAAUUUUAUCCCUUUAAAUUACUCUAAAUUCUUUAAUGACAAUGUGUAGAAUUUCAAUUAAAAAUACCUGAUUACUUAACUACAAAAUGUAGUUUAAUAAUUCAGUUUCAGCAUAACGUAUCGUAUCGUAACAUAAUUUUCUUUGUCAAUACUCUGGACAAACAUUGCGAAUACAGUUUAAUUUCGAAAGCCAGCAAAAACCUCAUUUGAUGUUUUUAUCCGGUGUAUGAUUUCUGUACACAUUUGCACAUUUGUAAAUAUAGAUGGGUCUCUUCUAGUUUUCCACUCUAACUUAUGCGAUAGUUUUACGUUUGCGUUUCCGCUCUGUCAAGAUCUGCACGUUUGUAUGUAAAAUGAAGGUCGUCAGCCAAGCUAUUGUUUCAUCUUGUUUCAUGAUGUGCCUUCUAAUGGUUACUAGAACUGUCUGGCUUGUUUUCCUUUACGAAAUGGCAAAUGCUGGAGGUGAAAUGCUAGCUAGCUAAAAGCCAAAAUAGUAGUUUGAUAGCUGAACUAGAGUCGCUCGGCAUUUAGCGUGAAAUAGUCUUGCCAAACGUUCGGUGGUUGUUGACACGCAAAAUCACACAAUCAAACUAAUAUGUUUAGGUUACUAAUGUUGUUACUUUUGGUUUACAGUAUGAAGGAAGCCACCGUUUUGAAAGUGUUUGUGUUCGUACGGCUUAGCUGUAGCUAUUUAUAAUGAUGACUGUCAAACUUUUAUUGAAAAUAUUAGAUAAGUCGAAUUUUAAAAAAUCAUGGCCAGUACUGCUCAUAUAUCGGAAAUAAUUUGGAGCGAAACCCAAAUUGUGAAUGGAGCCAAUAUGCUAACGAUGUUCUGUUUUACGUUGCUGUUAAUAAUAAUUGCUUUUGUUUGAAAUUGAAAUGCAUUUACACAUCAUCUGUAAACUUAUCAACUCAAUGGGUUUGUUUUGAAGUUGUUCUUUUGUUUUGGGGGUGAUUUACAUUCAUUAUGAUGGAUUUUAAGACAUUCAUGGAAAAAAAAAAACGGACACAGUUUGUUUUUCAGUGAUUUUGAGGAAUCAGUAGGAUAUAUCUUUAUUUUUCAAAUAAACAUUUUUCUGUGACAA